CGUCACGGUGACAGUAAUGGGCUCGCCGCGCGCGCUGCUUGCUGUGGCACUAUUGAUCACAGACCCUAUGAGACGCAGGCAAAGCGGCAGCGCGGCACAUGGCCUGAUGACAUCAUGCUCCAGUAUCACUCCCCUACCUCCCUAGCCCUGUCAUUUCUCUUGUCCCUUUUUCUAAGCUUCCUCCCUUAUUCAUUUCUCUCAUCCCUUUCUCAAUCUCCCCUUCGUUGGAGCUCACCCCAUGACCCCUGCUACCACCUGGAUGGGCGUGCACGCCACUGCCUGUCCGAUUUUAUUAACGCUGCAUAUGGUAUGCCUGUACGAGCUGAAGACCUGCAGCAAGGGACAGAGAGAAACAUCAGCACUCUGACAGACCUCCAUAAUCCCCAUAAUCUAACCUGUUGGAAAGCUUCAGAAGGUUCAGUUAAUGGAGAUUGGACCUUUACUAUUCCUCUAGGCAGACGCUUUGAGGUCACAUACAUCAGCUUACAAUUCUGCCAGCAGGUGGAGCCCACUGAUCCUUUCUCCAUUUCAAUCUUAAAGUCAAUGGACUACGGACGCAGCUGGCGCCCCUUGCAAUUCUACUCCAGUGACUGCAUGGGGAGAUUCGGCCUUCCAGCUCAGUCUGUUGCUCUUAGCAGACACCAGGAGACAGAGUCUCUGUGCUCAGAUCCAAGGCCUUUGCAGAAACACCGUGGUGGGGUUGUUUUGGCUUUUUCCACUCUAGAUGGACGUCCUUCCUCCUCUGAUUUUGAAUACAGUCCUGGCCUCCAGGACUGGGUGACUGCCACUGACAUAAGGAUUGUGUUCCAUCAAUCACAGGGUAAAUCAGUGAGACAAGACAAGAAGCCAGAUGAAGUGGGUGAGGAUUUAAAGUGGUCAGUAAGGUCAAAUGAUGAAGUGACUCAAAGUGAAAAGCAAAGAGAAGCGAAUGCAUGGAUUAAAAUGACUGAAACAAGAAGGCACAAGAAAGGAGAAAAAUCAUCAAGAAGAAAUCGGAACAAGAGUUCCUCUCAAGAAACUGGACACAAUGUGACCCGGAAACAGUCAGAGAUUCAAGAAGGCAGAGGCAAAAGAAGGGGCCAAAAGAAAGACACACCUCAGUGGAAGCCAUGCCAAAAUGGCUUGUGUGAUUGGAUGAUAGAAAUUCAGGGGCAAAGCACUAAGAGGAAUGAGUUGAGGAAGCGGAGAAACAAUGCAGGACGUGCAGGGUCUCGUUCGCGAUUAAGGAAGAAGGUCGCACAUCACCUCUUACCUUCCUCUCUGUCAGCCCCACCCACACAUACUUUUGCUCUCGCUGAUGUCCAGGUGGGUGGCAGGUGCAAAUGUAAUGGACACGCCUCUCGAUGUCGUCGUGAUGACAGAGGUAAUGCACACUGUCAAUGUGAACAUCACACAGCUGGACCAGACUGCGAUGCCUGUGAGCCAUUUUAUUAUGAUCGUCCAUGGCAAAGAGCCACGCCCACCCAGCCACACCCGUGCGUCCCUUGUCAGUGCAAUGGCCACUCCAAUAAGUGUAGGUUCAGUAUGACUGUGUUCCAGCAAUCUGGCCGAGUCAGUGGUGGAGUGUGUUUAAAGUGCAGACACCACACAACUGGGCGCCACUGUGAGUUGUGUCAGAAUGGAUAUACCCGUGACCACAGCAAGCCUCUCGACCAUCGCAAGGCCUGCCAAUCAUGUCAGUGCCAUCCUCUGGGUGCCGUUGGCCACUGGUGUAACCAGUCAACAGGACAAUGCCUCUGCAGGGAGGGAGUUACAGGACAAAGAUGUAACCGUUGUGCUCCGGGAUACAAACAUGGCCACUCGCCUAUCAGACCCUGCAUUCGCAUCCCAGAAGCUGUUCCACCAACCCCAGUUUACCAGCCCCAAUAUAGCAUAGCUGAGGAGUGCCUCUCUUACUGUCAGCCAUCUCAAGCCAAGGUCAAAAUGAAUUUAGAGACAUUCUGCCUCAAAGAUUAUGUGCUAAAGAUUCAGGUUAGGGCCAAAGAACGCUCUGGUCCCUGGUGGCAAUUCUCUGUGUGGGUGCAGUCUGUUUUCCGUGUUGGAUUGUCUCAAGUUAAAAAAGGCCUCCAGACCCUCUGGGUUCCUGACCGUGAUGUCAGCUGUGGUUGCCCCACCCUCCAAGUGGGCAGGACCUUCCUCUUGAUUGGUGCGGAGGAAAACAGGAGGGGCUGGGACCCAGGAGAAAGACGGCUGGUUGCUGAUCGCUCCACCAUGGCCCUACAGUGGCGAGAACACUGGAAUCCCAAACUGAGGGGAUUUCGUGGUCAUGACAAUAGGGGAAAAUGCCUACCAAACACAAACUCCACAACACGGACACAUUCCCUCUUGCAAACACAAGAGGCAUACAUCCCACCACAUCUCAAGAAACUCCAACCUGAGAGGCUGCAUUUUCACCAUCAACUAUCUGCAAAGUCUGAUGAAAUCUUCCACACACACUCACCCAACACCACACUUGACACACAAAAAGAUAGCACAAAUACACAGGAUUUACAAGGACAGCUUGUCCAUAACAGAGACAAUUUUGAGAAUGGAGAUAAUCCAAAAACACAGUAUCCUAAAUCUGAUGCUCGAGCAGAAACAAGUCCAACUAUUGAGCCUCAGCAGCAGGAGACAAGUUUGCUUACAUCAUCUCCAGUUACAGAUGGAAAGAAGGAAGAAAGUUCAACAGAACCUGAGAGUGCACAUUAAAUAACUAUAUUUGAAUUAGUUAUGCAGUGCACAAAGAACUGUCAUAUUAUCAGUUUGGAUCUACACUAAAACAGUACAUUUGACACCCAAAUCCUAAAAGCUGGAAGAACCUCAAUACAAAGUUUUCGUUUAGCAGAAAUAUGUUGAUGUUUGGUUGAUUCAUUGAGGGCCACAACUGCCAUUUGUAUUUUACAGCAUACGUCUGACUGAAAGGAUUUGGAGUGAUGUUUAAUUAUAUACCAAAAGUCCUAUUGAAAUCUCAAAUGUGUUUUACUAAAGUCAUUUAUUGAUAUUUAUUAAGUCAUUGGUCAUUUAUUUUUAAAAACAGCAGCUCCAUGAACAGGUGCUCUUUCUAAAACAGUUUUUCCCAACAAAGAAACUUAUGUUUGGCAAACAUAACCUAGAUAUAAUAAAGAAAAGUGCUCUUAUUUAACAAAUCUUUAGUUAAAGUGAUAUGGUGUAUUUUAACGGAAUGAGUUUUUGGUUUUAACACUGUUUCCUACAAUAGUGCUUUCCAGGUUUUUGCUAACACUAAGAUUUGUGUUUUUGUCAUACUUACUGUAAAACAGAGAAAAAAGAGAAGCUGAUUUUUCCUUACAUAAAACUCAAAAACUGUAUAAAAAUCAGACCUGCGACACUACUUGCGUGGAUUAAUUUUCUAUUGAGAUGUCUUGUGGCCAAAAUCAGCGCCUGCAGCAGGCAGGCCAGUCUUUUUUUUAAUGAAUAAAAAUGACAUUACAUUGCACCAACUAAAACAUUAAAUACCUUGAUGUGUAUGAAAGCGAAAAGUAAAAGACUUGAGGAACUAAAUGCUGAAGAAGAAGAAUUAAGAGACUAUUAAGAUUAGUCAGAUGAGGCUAAGAUGUGAUUGUAAAGGCUUUAUUCAAAUAUCUGUAAUGUGAAGGAGGUUUUAUUUGCCAUUUUACUACAGCAUAUAAUCAGCAACUUUAAAAACAUUUUUGCCCUUUUUAUGUUUUAUUUACUGUAAAAUCUCUCUAACUCUCCAACUGUGCACUAUACUGGUUGAAUGUGCCAGGCUUACUCUUAUUAAAAAUUAUUUAUUGUAGCUGUCCUUUAAUAAAGUUAUACACCUAAUAUUAAGUGUGUUAA